GUGUCAAGUGCGGGUUGUUUUGGUUCCGACUCUUUCUCCGUGAAAAUCGCCUCGGAGGACACAAUGCGUUCCAUUCCCGAAGAGCUGACGACGCUUAUUUCAGAUUUAGAAAGUUUCCUCUCCGACGGAUUGAAAGGGGAGAACCUGAGCAAAAAGGUGAAGGAGAAGAGAGAAGUCUUCCUCAAGCGCAUCAGAGAGGUUAAACAGAGUUUUCAGCAUGACUUCAAGGACAAAAGUGGAGAGGACUCGGACAUCUAUGAAGACGACGUGGACAGCAACGACGGAGAGUCGCUGCAGUCGGAGCGCACGGAUAAAGAUGAGGAGACUUCUGAAAGUUCCCAGCAGUCUCCACCUGUAGCAGCCCAGGAUCUGCAAUCCGUCGUGAAGGCCGGGUACCUGGAGAAACGCAGGAAGGAUCACAGCUUCUUUGGAGUAGAGUGGCAGAAACGAUGGUGCGCUCUGAGUCACAACACCUUCUACUACUACGGCCAUGAGAAAGACAAGCAGCAGAAAGGAGAGUUCAACAUCGACGGCUACAAGGUGAAAAUCAUCAACACCUUACGCAAGGACUCGAAGAAGGACUGCUGCUUUGAAAUCUCUGCUCCGGACAAGAGGGUGUAUCAGUUUUGUGCGUCGUCGGUGAAAGAAGCGGAGGACUGGGUGAAGCAGAUAGACUUUGUGUUGAGAGAUAUGUCCGGGAUGAUUCCAGAGGAGGACGACGAGGGUCAGGGCCUGUAUGAUGACACUGAGGUGCCACCCACUGACGACGACAUCUACGAGGAGCUUCCAGAGGAAGAUCCCAAGCCGACUGUCUCCAAGCCUCCAGUCGCAGCUCCACCCAUGAAACCACCUGCUGCAGAUAAAAGCACAGAUUAUCCAAAUUACUAUCAGGGAGUGUGGGACUGUGUGGGCGACCAUCCCGAUGAGCUGUCCUUCAAACGUGGAGACGCCAUCUACAUCCUGAGCAAGGAGUACCACAAGUACGGCUGGUGGGUCGGAGAGAAGAACGGACUCAUCGGCAUCGUUCCUAAAGACUUCCUCAUGGAGCUCUACAUCCUGUAACGGAGGGUUCCUGUCCGAGGCGUGAAAGCACGUGUAUUUAUCUGUUGUAUUAAAGCUGAAUUUUCAGACUGCAGUAAAUAAAAU